AUGUCAAACACUAACACUCUCAAGGUCAAGCACCUUGGAUGCGACGAUGUCUUCGAGAGACCGGACAUCUUCGUUAAUCCAGGACUAACGGCGAGUCUUUCUGCAGAGACGUUGAUUGAUCCUGAUCUCAUUGCUUUCCAUCAAUCUUUCCCAGAAUCGAAGAUUACUCCUCUGAUACAGCUGCCUGAAGUGGCUAAAGAAUUGGGCGUUGGCCAUGUCUAUGUGAAAGACGAGAGUCUUCGAUUUGGCCUGCCGUCGUUCAAGAUCUUGGGCGCAUCCUGGGGAGUCUUCAGAGCCAUCUGUGAGAAAACAGGUCUAUCCUCUUCCGCAUCGCUUGAGGAAGCUGGACAUGCAGCUCGCGAUGCAGGUAUCAAGCUGGUCUCGUGUACCGAUGGGAAUUGGGGUAGAGCAGUCGCGCGCACUGCGAGAUACUUAGGCAUCAAGGCCACGAUAUUUGUUCCCAGGACCAUGGACGAAGCAACUCAGGAUAAACUACGUGGUGAGGGCGCUACAGUCAAUGUGGUUGAUGGCAGUUAUGAUGACAGUAUCGCUGCCACCAUGGCGGAGGCCGAAAGCUCAGAAGCUAUGCUCGUGAUGGACACUAGCUGGGACGGGUAUUCUCGGAUACCGCACUGGGUGGUCGAAGGAUAUGCCACCAUGCACGCGGAAGUAGAUCGCCAGCUUGAGGAGUCAUGCGGAAAACGACCAUCGCUAUGCAUCGCCUCAGUCGGUGUUGGCUCUUGGGCACAGUCAGUCGUCUCUCAUUACACAGGUCCCGACUUAGAUACAAAGGUUAUAACAGUCGAGUCAGAAGCGGCACCAUGUCUGAUGGAGAGCCUUCACGUCGGACGUGUUGUUCCAGUGGAGACUGGCAAGACUAUCAUGGAUGGCAUGAACUGUGGGACUGUCUCCACCAAUUGCUGGCCGUCCCUACGAUCAGGCGUUUAUGCUUCAGUGAUCGUCGACGAUUUGGAGGCACAUCAAAGUGUUCAAUAUCUACAAGACCAUGGUGUCAAUGCUGGGCCGUGCGGAGCAGCUCCGUUGGCAGCUUUCAGGAAACUGCACAAGCGAGGUUUGUUGCAAAAAGAUCCUUAUGCAGUGGUUAUCUUGUUCAGCACCGAGGGCAACAGAGAAUACGUUGUCCCUCCGAGUUAA